GCGGUGCAGAGUGCUGGCGGCGGCGGCGGAGACGAGCCCGCCUCGGGGUCCAGGGUCCAGCCGUGCCCAGUCCGUCCAUCCAUCUGUCCGUCUGUCCGUCCGCCUCCCCGCACUUCGUGUAGCCCCAAAUGCGGAGGCCAGCGGCUCCCGGGGCCCCCCUGCCCCUCUCGCUCCUGCUGCUCGUCCUCGCGGCCACCGCACAGGGACAAGAAGUCACCAGCUCCAACGGGCUGCAGCCCUGGCUCGUGGGCCUCACUGCUGUCGUCGUCUUCCUCUUCAUCGUCUUCCUCAUCCUGAUCGCCAACCGGCUCUGGCGGAUCCGGAUGCGCAGGAAGAGCGACAAGUCCCAGGAAAACCAGGAAUUUCACAGCAGGGUUCAGAAGAACGUCUAUGAAAACCCAGUGGUGCAGAACGAGGAGGAUGAGAAGAGCAAAGCCACGGCCCUGUGAUGCUGCCCAGCACGGCCCGUCCCGCAGGACCACCCUGCUCCCCCCCGGCCACUGCUGCGGCCCCGCUGGCGUCUCUGCGCAGCCUGGUGCAGCCCCGGCUGCCCGGGCACGGGGGUCUCCGUGGGGCCUGGGGGCAGCCACCCUCACUGCUGAGUGUCCCUUCCAGCUGCGCUUUAGUGGGUGCUGGGGAGUCCCCUGGGCUCGCCCUCACCCCAGCCCGGGAGGGCAGGAAUCCAGUCCGGGUUUUGCCGGCGCGGGCAGCAGGUGAAGUGUGCCAACAGCAGCCCCUGCGGCUGCCACCAGGCCCUGGGAUGGAUUUCUGUGCCCACCGGAAUGGAUUGGGGAGGGCAAAGGUUGGGGUGCUGCCCGCCCCCCUGCCCCGGCCACAGGGCCGGUGUGGGGCUGCCCCGUCCCGCCUGGCACCGGGAGCCAAAGCUGCUGAGACCCACCCCGGCGGGGCAGGGCCUGGGGGACCCCCGCCCUUGUGCCCCACUGAGCUCUGGGCCUGGCAGGGGGCUGGGGUGGGGGGGCCCCUGGGCUGGGCAGGGGGCCGUGCCGGGGCUGUGGGGUGCCGGGUGGGCGCGGGGCACCGUGCCCCAGCUGUACGCGCAGUAAAGAUCGCCAGCCUGCC